UUCUUUCUUUUCUCUUAGCUGACAUAACCUGGAUUGAAAUUGAGACCUUCAAAACCUAAACGGGGCGCUGACCCAUUCUAAGAAAAAAGGGCCUAGGUGGAAAAAAAAAAGAUCUUUCUUAACUUCAUUAGUACGGCGCUGUAUCUUCCCAGAUCCGAAUCUUUCGCUGCUUCCAUCAUAUCAUAUAUCCGAUUCUUCCCUCGUCAAUCAAAUCAAUCAUCUACCUACCUACUUUACCUACCUACCUACCUACAAUCCUCUUGCCCUCUUACUCUCUCACCCUCUCAUAACUUUUUUUGGUUUUACUAAAAUAAAAUUCUAUGAUUCGAUAAAUCAAAAUCACAAUAACAUCUUCUCUUAGAAAAAAACAUUACCGAUCAUUCAUGAGAUAAUUCAUAGAUUCCGACAGUUAUAAACCAGCAUCCUUCCAUAAACUCCGCCAUCUUCCUUUUUGCGCGUAUCCGACAAUUCCGUAGAAACGCCUCACCGUGUGAACAAAAAGUCCAACGUUCCAACAUCAACAUCAGCGUCAACGUCUACCUCAACUUUUAUUACACUUUUCAAUACCUCCUUCAUAGUCGCGAUGCCGGAAACAAAUUAUUAUUCUUCGACAACUUCUCCCACGUUUACAAAAGCCAAGAUGCCAUUCUCAUGGCCCUCACUACCAAAUCCUAUUCCUCGCAGAGUGAGACGGAGACUGAGAUCCAAGUUCCGUUCGAAUGCAUCUCCUGCUUCGUCGAUUGCUUCAAUUGAGACGUCUUUCAACCCAAAAGAUACAUUACGAGCUUUAAGGUCACAUAGAUGGUCGGUUUAUGAUGGUCAAUAUUUGAUAUUGAUCAUUAUUGCAAUAUUCUCGCUUUCAAUCAGUCAGGCUCCUGGGCCUCUCAUGAAGACUGGAGCUGCAACUCUUUUGAUGCUUGCACUUCUUAUGCCAGUUACAAGACAAUUCUUCCUACCAGUUCUCCCCAUCUUCACCUGGCUGGUCUUCUUCUUCAAUGCUCGGUAUGUGUUUUCCUCUCUUGUGUUCCGUUGCGAUUCUACUUAGGCGCUUUGUUUGUGCUCUCAUAAACUCCUCUUUCGACGUCACACACUUUCUAGAUCACUUUGUCUCUAACGGAUUUCAUAGAUUUAUUCCUGCCGAAUAUCGACCACAUAUCUGGGUUAAAGUUCUACCUGCCCUCGAAAACAUAUUUUACGGAGCAAAUAUCAGCAACAUUCUCUCAGCACACCAAUACGUAGUUCUUGAUGUCCUCGCAUGGUUACCUUACGGUAUUUUACACUUUGGAGGUCCCUUUGUCUGGGCUGCCCUGAUGUUCCUCUUUGGUCCUCCUGGCACCGUACCAGUUUUUGCACGAACAUUCGGCUAUCUCAACAUUAUCGGGGUUGCGAUUCAAUUAAUCUUUCCAUGUUCGCCUCCAUGGUAUGAGAAUUUGUAUGGUCUUGCGCCUGCAAACUAUUCCAUGGAAGGAUCACCUGCAGGACUUGCACGAAUUGAUUUGCUAUUUGGCUUCGAUAUGUACACCACAAACUUCACCGCAUCACCGCUAGUGUUUGGCGCCUUCCCAUCAUUGCAUUCUGGUAAUGCAGUUUUAGAAGCACUUUUCAUGAGCCAUUGCUUCCCAAAGCUACGACCAUUUGUUAUUGGAUAUGCUAUGUGGAUGUGGUGGGCAACAAUGUAUCUAUCUCACCAUUACGCUGUCGAUCUCGUCGCUGGUGGUUUCCUUGCUGCCAUUGCCUUUUACAUCUCCAAGACGAACUUUUUGCCAAGAAUUCAGUCAGACAAGAUGUUCCGUUGGGACUACGAUUAUGUUGAGAGAGGCGAUGCGCCAGCCGGCAUUUAUGAAUAUGGACUUGCAGUACUAGACCAAGAUUUCCGUCAUGACAGCAGCGAUGAAUGGACCAUGGGAUCAUCUUCUUCAUUCUCUUCUGGAUCGAGAAGCCCUACUGACGAGAAUGGCUCAGCAUGGGAAGGUGAUACUUUGGCAUCGCAAGCUUCAGAUAGUGAGCUCAGUGAGGUCAUUGUUAGAUGAUCUUUUUUACGUCUGCAAUAGCACUGCACUCGACAGGAGUAAUUUCUUCCAACUUUCAAGUUGGUAGAUAUUAUCAUCAUGAUUUUACGGCAUUAUCAUGUUACGGCGUUAGCAUAUGAGCGACUUCUACCUUAAUUCGACCCCCAAUUCCGACUUUACCUGGAUUACUGGACGGUUCGAAUCUUUGUAAAUAUACCUCUUUUAACUACAUUCGGGACCAUUCAAUUCGAAGAUUUGGAUACACGAGUUCCUUACAGUAUAUACUAAUGAUAAUACUGCCGGAAUCGAUAAACCAUGGCGAUCUGCUGCGUCAUUUCGACAUUGGCAAGCGAUUCUUGGCUACCAUUUCGAUUUCAACUUCACUUCUUCUUGUCCAUACUACAUGGAUACGGGCAUUUUUUUUAUUUAUUCGCCCACUUUGUGUGAAUAAAACGUCCAACUAUCGCUAGAGUUACCGCCGCUUUUACCUAUUCUCUUGGGGAUUUUAUAGAGAAAAGUUUGUGCUGGGCUCGCUAUGUAUAUUCUCUACUUUUUAUGAGAAUUCUUUAUAAAGUCUCUCGCUGAAUAUAGAUUCUUCGAUUAUUCUUCUUUAUUUUUUGUGGUGAUGAGGUGGAUGAGGAGGAAUUUUAAUGUCAUGGAUGGAUGUAAUGAGUAUAGGAGUCAGUAAAUAGAUGGGAUUCCGGAAUGGUAUACCAAAACUUGUUUUGGUUCGGGAUACAACUGUCACUAUAGACUUGACUCGGGUUGAACCGAAUUGAAUUGGGGAUGGGAUGGAUGAGAUGAGAUUAUCACACACUUUUUGGAUUUUUAAUGACCUUGGGAUGUGAUUCACUGAGAGGAAAUGGAAAAGAUGGAGGGGGGAUUGGGUUCUCGUUUCCUUGAAGGGAAGAGAGGAUUUGUCGGGUGUGUGUGUAGUUGAAAGUAAUGAAAUAAAAAGAAGAAGAGAAAGAAUAAGAAGAAGACGAUGAUGAUGGAUGAUACGAUAAUUGAAUGAAUUAAAUGAAAUGAAACGAGCGUACCUCGAGUUGAACAAAU